GCCACGGUAGCCCUGGCGACAAGAACCCAGCAACGAGAAUCAACAACAACAACAACCGAAUCCGCCAUAAAAAUAAAAGAAGAUAUUUCACCAGUGGGAAAUACACACGUGGACCCGGAGGGUGAUUCCCAGCUCUUGUAAUGGCCACCUCAGGCUACGUAGGUGAGAUCCAGCCAGCAGCCCAAACCCAGGGGGCCGCCGUUACCGUCACGCCAGGCCAACCCGAGGCCAGUUCCACACCUGCAGCUGCCCCUCAGUUUCUGGCUGAGAUUCAGACUACUGUGGCUACUCCCACUGUUGUCACGCCCACAGGUCAAACUACUCCCACUGAACAAGCCCCUUCCAUCAGCCCUCAGAAGCCUGCAGCUGGUAGUCAAGCCCCGUCCACAGCACAGGCCCAGCCCGCUCAGACACAGUAUGUGACUGCAGAGAUCCAGGGCUCCCCCACACAGUCUGGAAACGCUCAAAGCACCCCUCAGUACAUCGUCGUUACUGUCACAGAGGGUUCCCUUCACUCAAGUGACAGUGUGUCCGACUCCAGCCCCCCUCCAGCCGUGGUGCAGACAGGAGUUCCCACCCAGGUUGUUCAGCAGGUACAGACAGCUCAGCAGAGGUCCGUGGUGCAGGCCACCUCCCAGAUAGCCAAGACUGAGCCAGGCACGCAGCUCAGUGUCACCAGUCUGCAGCCUGUUCACAUCACCCAGGAGGUCCAGCAGCAGCUCACAUCAGUGCCAGUGCAACAUGUGUACACCAAUCAAGUGCAGUAUGUGGAAGGAGGAGACACGAACUACACCACCAGCACCAUCCGUUCCAGCACCUUCCCCUACACUGACACCCCCCUGUACACCCAGACCACAGCUGCCCCAUACUAUGAAGGUCAGCCCACUUCGGGCUCCCAGGCCUCCACCCCCGGCACACCUCUGACUGUCUCUGUGACUGCCGGCACCACAGGGGGCGUAUCCAUGUUUGUGGCUCAGCCCACUAGUGCAGCCGGGGGAGGAACCACGGUGGUGACGGCAGGUGGUACCACCAACGGGGCAGGGGAUGGGGCAGGCACCAAUGGUGGCGCAGCAGGCAGCUAUGUGAUCCAGGGGGGUUACAUGCUGGGCAGCAGCAGCAGUGGAGGGGCAGCUAGCAACAGUCAGAACUACUCUCACACCGCCCGCGCCUCCCCAGCCACUGUACAGUGGUUGCUGGACAACUAUGAGACAGCUGAAGGUGUGAGUCUGCCACGGUCCACCCUUUACUGCCACUACCUGCUGCACUGCCAGGAGCAGAAACUGGAGCCUGUGAACGCUGCGUCUUUCGGGAAGCUCAUUAGAUCUGUGUUCAUGGGGCUACGCACACGCCGCCUGGGUACACGGGGUAAUUCUAAAUACCACUACUAUGGGCUGAGAAUCAAGGCGGGCUCUUCCCUUCUCCGUCUGAUGGAGGACCAGCAACAUCUGGCCAUGAGGCAACAGCCGUUCUCUCAGAAACAGAGGUUGAAGCCUGUGCACAAAGUGGAAGGAAUGACCAAUGGCACAGCAGCAGGAGCAAGCCAGCAGCAGCAGCAGCAGCAGGGCUCAGGACACGUGGACAUCAGCACCCAGGUCCAGCAGUACCAGCAGUUCCUGGAUGCAUCCAGAGCUCUUCCAGAGUUCCCAGACAUCGACCUCCAGGGGAAGUCUCUACCAGAGGGCAUCGAGCUGGAGCACAUAAAGAGCUUUCAGCUGCUGUACAGAGAACACUGUGAGGCCAUCCUGGACGUGAUGGUCAACCUGCAGUUCACCCUGGUGGAGACUCUGUGGAAGACCUUCUGGAGGUUCAGCCAGAGUCAGGCUGGAGAUGCGACACUGGCUGUUCACGAUGAGUCAGAGAAGCGUCUCCCAAAGUCCUGCCUGGUGUUACUGUGCAAGUACGACCCAGUGCUGCGCUGGAGCCGUGACUGUGACAACAGCCUGUACCAGGGCCUGGUGGAGAUCCUCAUCCCUGACGUCCUCAGACCCAUCCCCAGUGCCUUAACUCAAGCCAUCCGCAACUUUGCCAAGAGCCUGGAGAGCUGGCUGACUAAUGCCAUGAUGAACAUCCCAGAGGAGAUGGUUCGCAUCAAGGUAACAUCAGCCAAUGCGUUUGCCCAAACUCUGCGUCGCUACACCAGUCUGAACCACCUUGCCCAGGCCGCCCGCGCUGUCCUCCAGAACACAGCCCAGAUCAACCAGAUGCUCUCCGACCUCAACCGUGUGGACUUUGCGAACGUCCAGGAGCAGGCUUCGUGGGUGUGCAGGUGUGAGGACCGAGUGGUCCAGCGGCUGGAGCAGGACUUCAAGCUGACCCUGCAGCAGCAGAACUCACUGGAGCAGUGGGCGGCGUGGCUGGAUGGUGUGGUCUCCCAGGUGCUGAAGCCCUACCAGCACAGCCCUGCCUUCCCCAAGGCCGCCAAGCUCUUCCUUCUGAAGUGGUCCUUUUACAGCUCCAUGGUGAUCAGAGACCUGACCCUGAGGAGUGCAGCCAGCUUUGGAUCCUUUCACCUGAUCCGCCUGCUGUAUGAUGAGUACAUGUACUACCUGAUAGAGCACAGAGUGGCCCAAGCUAAAGGAGAGACCCCCAUUGCUGUUAUGGGAGAGUUUGCCAGUUUAGGCCGGGGUCUGAACCAGCUGGAUCCUGACAAAGAAGAGGAAGAAGAGGAGGAGGAGGAAAGUGAUGAAGAAGGUCAGGAGCUGAGCCUUCCCUCGGACGGUGCCGUGCUGGGAGAGGAGUCUCUGGAGCCGCCGGCCAAGCUGGCCAGAACUGACCAGAGAGUCCUGUUCACCACCGGGUCAGCUGACAACUAGCGGCACUGUUACACCGACAGAUGUGGGCCGAUUAUACUGAUCUCACACACACACAGAUGUACAAAGAACACUAAUUUAUACACCUGACACAUGUAUAUAGAUCUUGUCGAUGUGUGUGCACACACUCGCUGCGUACUGUUUUGAUUGUGUGUGUUGUUUAGGCACACACAAACACACAAUCAAAGCACGCUCAGUCAGUAACUGCUGCUGCCUGUACGGCACAACCAGCUGUUGGCACCGCUGACUACAUCCAGCAUCACUGGCAGCGCAAUAGGACGUGGCUUCAAACACCAGAGUCUCUCAACGCAAACAGACACACAGAGCGUUUCCACCUUCAGUUGUAUGAAUCUGUAAAAAUGAACAAAGCCAGGCAUGUUUUAUUUCUCCCAUUGCAUUGCCACCUGUAGCCUCGCUGAGAAACUUGUGCUCGCCCUCGAUCCUCCUCAACCUGUCACUGCCGUAUCAAAGUGGUCUUUAAAUACUGUGAUGUGUGUGUAAAGGUAACGUCUGCAGGAGGAGGCAGCACAGUGGACCUCAGACAGCUGAACACUACAGCAGGCAGUUGGGAUUUUAGGUGGGUUUGUCUGUUUUCUGUCUGCUGUCGGAGCACUGUGGUGGCAGCGCUCUGCUGUUUCUCUGGAGGCUGACUCAACAUGCUUUCCAUGGUUGUGUGAUUGUAAGUCAUGCCAAGUGUUGACUGUUCUGUAGAUAUUUUCUAAGACACUCAAGUUCUUGAUUUGGGAGGCGUGUGUAGAAUUCCUGUUUGAUUUUAUUGGCCUGUAAAGGAAACGUUCUUGUGUUCUUGGAGUGCCUGUCGCAGCUGCUACACACCUGUACAGACAAAGCUAUGGCUGUGGAAUAGGGACUCCCGUUAGUUGCUGCAAAAAAUCCUCUCUCCUUUACUGAACAUCUGUUCCAUGAGAGAGGUACUGUAUGUGUCAUAUUUAUGUUCAAAGUGCUUCAAUCCUUCCCAUCCAGUAAGUUCCUCUGUGGCCUCAUUUCUUCUUUCAUUUUGCUUUCUUGCCUUAUUUCUCUGUUUUUCCUUGUGUGUGCCAAACCGGAUCCUGUUGUUUUUUAAUUCUCUCUCUAUGUUUUAAGGAGGACUGUGCCUGAGUAAGAACGGUGAUAUACUUAUAUUCUACUGUAUAUUUAUCCACUAUUUUGACUUUUGUUGUCACUAAGUGAACCUCUUGUGCAGUGUAUGGUGCUGUGUUGUCACACAUUGUAAGCAACCUUUGCGUGCAUUACUGAUUUGUGAUUGUACGUCCAGUUAUCAGUCCUACAUCAUAUCCCAUGACCUUUCCACAAACAGGCUAAGGCCCUGCCUCUUUGCACAUGUUGACUGUUGUCUUUAAAACUCAGACAGAGUAACCUGAAAUGUUCUUAAUUUUCAUUGAAGUCUUCGGUGUUCUUCACGGUGAGGUGGAGGUGUCAGAUUUCAUGCAAACAUCUGUUGCCACUCGGUACGGUUCAGAGAAUUUCAUGCGAGGUGCGAGAUCUGACGGCUUUUUCUGCACAGUCCUCCACCAGCACUCAUUUCCCUCGUCUCACUGCGUUUCCGCCCUCCUGCCAAUGGCUUUGUUUUGCUUCAAACAUCCAUUUUCUUAAACACUGUUUGUCAAGACUGGUUGUCGCAAACAUGUCAUUUUUGAAUUUUUCAAUACUAUGUCUUUAAACAGCUGCAAUGCACGUCUUUUCAACAGGCAUUGGCAGCCUCAGACCAGCACAUGAUCCUUUCUAUGGAGUCUAAUACUACCACAGCUGAGUACAUAUCACUCCAGUCUGUUAGUGAUCUACAGCAUACAGAAUGGCCAUUGUUUACCCAGUAAAAACUGUUUAGUCAUUUUUAUAGUGCAUUGUUUCUUAUGUACAAAACAAACUGAGAAAAAAGAUGUUCGGUGGCAGUGUUUUAUGAAUUUGGUCUGCUAUAAGUAUGACUGUGCCUUUGGAGGUGGUAGAAUGCAAUUCAGAUGUUUUUAAUUUUAAAGAUAUAAAUUAAAAGAAUUUUUAAAAUUGCA